GCCUGAGUGCGCGCCCAUCUUAUCCUUGGCUGACAGCACAGCGGUGGGCUUCGGUGACAAGUACGGCGUGCAGCUUGUGGAUUCUUCGAGCAGGCGUCACUGUGUCGUCUGGUGCUGCGGUGGGUCUCUGGUGACCGGCUCCUGUUGUGCUGGCGAGACGCUUCCAAGCGUGGCCAAGCAGCUCGUGUGCGGCUGGAGGCAGAUUGCCGCGCGCCUCGGAUUCCCGGAUGUGACAGAUUUUCUAGCUCAGAGGCUGGUGGUGAGGCUUGUGGCGGCACGCGGAAGC